ACCUCCGGGGUGAGUCCGGGGGCGUGGGCGGCCAGUCCCCAGGCGGCACCGAGCCGCCUUAUUUUCCGCGCUUUGCCGCGUGCACCGAAGGCCGGAGCUUGGCCCGCGGGCCGGUUGUCUGGGCCCCGACCGGGCUGCGCAGGGAACGCCGGGCCUGAUUCUUGCCGUUGUUGCCAAAUGAGCAUCCCGUUAAGCUCUUGGGAGCCUUGUGUUAGCGCCGUGCCUCUUGACAGGCACGGGUGACUUCAUUACUUCCUGGUGCAUACUCGUGGGGCCCUGUUAGGCCUUGCUUGGCUGUCUCGCCGCUGGCUCUGGGGGCCCGGAAGAGCGGCUCAUUAAUGGUUGUAACGCAAGUGCAGGGCGAGGGAUUGGUUCUUAAUACUUGCCGCCAGAUGAUAUUUUGAGCGUAGAUAGGAUAUGUGUUCAUUAUUCCUAAUGUGAAGGAGGAAACUAAGUCCCCGAACAACCGCGAUUGUUUCCUCCAGUAUUUUCUACUUAGUAGCUUUAACUGUCUGGCGUUUCCCCUAUAUGAAGACGUUUUAAAAAUGGAACUGUGUCACCCAGGCUUGCACCGCCGGGUGCUGUGUGUAAGUUGUGGAAGCGCUCGCAAUCAUUCAGAUUCCUGUACUAUUUCAACCUUAGCAAGACUUGGGUAUAAAAUUCCCGUCAUUGAAAAUCUAGGUGCUACGUUAGACCAGUUUGAUGCUAUUGAUUUUUCUGACAAUGAGAUCAGGAAACUGGAUGGUUUUCCUUUGUUGAGAAGACUGAAAACAUUGUUAGUGAACAACAACAGAAUAUGCCGUAUAGGUGAGGGACUUGAUCAGGCUCUGCCCUGUCUGACAGAACUCAUUCUCACCAAUAAUAGUCUCGUGGAACUGGGUGAUCUGGACCCUCUGGCAUCUCUCAAAUCGCUGACUUACCUAAGUAUCCUAAGAAAUCCGGUAACCAAUAAGAAGCAUUACAGAUUGUAUGUGAUUUAUAAAGUUCCGCAAGUCAGAGUACUGGAUUUCCAGAAAGUGAAACUAAAAGAGCGUCAGGAAGCAGAGAAAAUGUUCAAGGGCAAACGGGGUGCACAGCUUGCAAAGGAUAUUGCCAGGAGAAGCAAAACUUUUAAUCCAGGUGCUGGUUUGCCAACUGACAAAAAGAAAGGUGGGCCAUCUCCAGGGGAUGUAGAAGCAAUCAAGAAUGCCAUAGCAAAUGCUUCAACUCUGGCUGAAGUGGAGAGGCUGAAGGGGUUGCUGCAGUCUGGUCAGAUCCCUGGCAGAGAACGCAGAUCGGGGCCCACUGAUGAUGGUGAAGAAGAGAUGGAAGAAGACACAGUCACAAACGGGUCCUGAGCAGUGAGGCAGAUGUAUAAUAAUAGGCCCUCUUGGAACAAGUCUUGCUUUUCGAACAUGGUAUAAUAGCCUUGUUUGUGUUAGCAAAGUGGAAUCUAUCAGCAUUGUUGAAAUGCUUAAGACUGCUGCUGAUAAUUUUGUAAUAUAAGUUUUGAAAUCUAAAUGUCAAUUUUCUACAAAUUAUAAAAAUAAACUCCACCCACUGUGCUACCAA